GAAAAUAAAAAUUAUGCGUAUUGUACUACUAGGAGCACCAGGAUCAGGCAAAGGAACACAGGCUCAACGUUUAGUGGAUGAUUACAACAUUCCACAAAUUUCUACUGGAGACUUAUUACGCGCAGCAGUUGCUGCAAAAUCAGCAUUAGGCUUACAAGCCAAAAUUGCAAUGGAUGCAGGCGAUCUGGUGACAGAUGACAUUGUGCUAGGGAUGAUUAAAGAAAGACUGGGGCAAGAAGAUGCCCAAAAUGGUUUUAUUCUCGAUGGUUUCCCGCGCAAUUUAGCUCAAGCAGCCAGUUUAAAUGACAUGUUGGACGAAAUGG